GUUCUUUUUCCUGUUUCUUUUUAUUACUUUUUUACUUUUCUCUUUUGCUUACAUUAUCCUUUUUUUUUUUUUAAUUCUUACUCUUAUAUUGACAACAUGGCCAGUCGAUUCACAACCGGUAUGUUGAGAACAGCCAGCAUUGCUUUCCGUUCGUCUAUUUCUUGUCAAAAACGAACACUCAUGAGCCGACCUCUCAUUAAAACAACCUCCAUGGGUUACCAAUCAACACAGCUCCGAAGAGUUUCACCACUUGGCUUCCAUCAAGUGCGUACUAUGUUUAUUCAAACUGAACAAACACCCAAUGAUGACAGUCUCAAGUUUAUUCCUGGCACAAAGGUAUUGGACAAAGGAACGGCCGAGUUUCUUGAUAUCCGUAGUUCGAUGAAGUCCCCGUUAGCCAAAUCGUUAUUCCAAAUCGAAGGUGUGGGAGGUGUAUUUUUUGGCCCAGACUUUAUCACGAUCAGCAAGGACAACCAAAGUGAAUGGUCCUUAAUGAAGCCUGACAUUUAUGCGGCGAUCAUGGAUCAUUUUGCAUCUGGUCAACCCAUCAUGUACAAUGAAGAUGACUUAUUGGCUAGUGACACGGCGAUCCACCCGGACGAUUCAGAAGAAGUGCAAAUGAUUAAAGAAUUACUCGACACUAGGAUCAGACCUGCCAUUCAGGAAGACGGUGGGGAUAUUGAAUUCUGUGGAUUUGAAGAAGGUGUCGUCAAGCUCAAACUUAAAGGAAGUUGCCGUGGUUGCUCAAGUUCAGUCAUUACUUUGAAGAAUGGUAUUGAAAACAUGUUGAUGCACUAUAUUCCCGAAGUCCUCAGUGUGGAACAAGUCAUUGAUGAAAGCGAAUCUGUUGCUUUGCAGGAAUUGGACAAAUUGGAACGUCGUUUGGGUGAUAAAGACUAGGAUAUCAUAUUAUUUAGUACUAUUUAAAUAUUUAUUGAUUAUAUUUUACACUUUAGAUUUCUCUUUUUUUUUAAAAAAAAAAAAUCAAUAAAAAUAU